AUUUAGUAAGCGACGGAGUCACCUGGCGCUCCACUGACGCUUUGGGCUAACUGUUGACUGUUUUCGUGCCUGAAAAUGGUCAAAUCGGGGAAACUUCGGUCUGGGACGGGCUCGAAACUCAAACGGUGGAAGAAAGGACACAGCAGCGACUCAAACCCGCAGACGAGUCGCUUUCGACAGGCUGCUAAAAGCCGCUUUUUCAGCCGACCCACCGAAAAGAGUGAUCUCACAGUUGACGCUCUCAAGCUUCACAAUGAGCUGCAGGUCGGUCCGCUGGAGGUCGGUGAACGCGGCCGCAAAGAUGUGCGCAUGGAAGAUGAUCCGGAUGAGAUGUUAUCGGAGAGGACCUCCGGCACCUUCCUCAGCGGCCUGUCGGACUGCUCCAACCUCACCUUCAGGAAGGUGCAGCGCUUCUGGGAGUCCAAUUCAGCUGCUCACAAAGAGAUCUGUGCAGUGUUGGCAGCUGUUACUGAAGUCAUCCGAGGUCAAGGAGGGAAGGAGACGGAAACAGAGUACUUCGCUGCUUUGAUGACCACCCUGGAAGUUGUGGACACAGCAGAGUCUCAGGCUGCAGUGGCGUACCUGCUCAAUUUAGUCAUGAAACGGGUUCCUGCUCCAGUGCUUAUGUCUAAGUUCUCAGACACCACCAAGGCUCUUUUGGAUGUCAUGUCGAAACAGGCCACGUCUGACACGGCCUCUGCGCUUAGAUGGAUCCUGUCAUGCCUGGCCACUUUGUUGAGGAAGCAGGACGGAUCUGUGUGGACUUACCCGUCCACUCUCCAGGCUUACCACGGCCUGCUCAGCUUCACGGUGCACAGCAAGCCAAAGGUUCGCAAAGCAGCACAGCAAGGUGUUUGCUCCGUACUAAGAGGUAGUGACUUCCUGUUUAAAGACAACGCACCGACCCAUCACCCUGCUGCAGUCAGCACAGCCAAGUUCUGCAUAAAAGAAAUGGAGCAGGCAGGAGGCAGCAAAGAGGACACCACCACUCUCCACGUUCUCGGCCUUCUGAAGGAGUUGAUGGGAACGUUUCCUCUGGGAGCUGUCAAGUCCUGUUGCGAGACUCUGCUGCGAGUGAUGACACUCAGCCAUGUGCUGGUGACGGCCAGUGCCAUGCAGGCUUUUCACAGGCUGUUCAGCGGGAAACCAAACGCUUCCACCCUCUCACCGGAGCUCAACGCACAGAUCAUCACGGCUCUGUACGAUUACGUGCCCAGUGAGAACGACCUGCAGCCUCUGCUGGCCUGGCUGGCCGUCAUGGAGAAAGCUCACGUUCACUUGGCGAGUUUGCAGAGUUCUCUGAGUUUGGGACACCUCCCUCGCCUCUUCUCUGCCACCAUGUCCUGCCUGUUGUCACCUCACACACAGGUGGUUUCUGCAGCCACCAGCACACUGAAGACUCUGUUGACUGAAUGUGUUGGCCCUCACAUGGAGCAAAUGGGCAUGAUCACUGCCACCGCUUCUACAGGAAACCCCUCUUAUGUCUGCAAAAUGUUUCGCAUCGUGGAGGAAGGUCUGUCCUACCGCUUCCAUGCCUCUUGGCCGUUUGUGCUGCAGAUCUUGGGUUGCUUCUAUCGAGUUGCAGGGAAACAAGCUCACCCCGUCAUGACCAAGUCUUUGCAGUCUCUGGCAGACCUGCGCGCCACUCCUCAGUUCCCCUUCAGUGGUGAGCUGGACUUGGCGGUAGGAGGAGCUGUGGAGAGCAUGGGGCCCGAGGUUGUUCUGGGAGCCGUGCCACUCAACAUCACUGGAUAUGACGAUGACUUGGAGUUUCCACGCAGCUGGCUGGUCCCAGUCAUAAGGGAUCACGUGAAAAACACUAACCUAGGUUUCUUUGCGUCCUAUUUCCUCCCUCUGGCCUCCACACUCAAGCAGAGAGCUGAAGAGUUGGAGCAAGCAGGGCAGAAACUGGAAGCCAAAGUCUACCAAACCUUACAGCUUCAGAUCUGGACCAUGCUUCCUGGCUUCUGUACCUGUCCCGUGGACCUGCUAGUCUCUUUCAAAGUCAUCGCCCGCACGCUCGGCACGGCCAUCAAUGAGCGUCCAGACCUGAGGCUCACUGUGUGCCAGGCGCUUCGCACCAUCAUCAACAAGAGCUGCUCCACAGAAGCCGAAAAGGCUGAAGUGGGCCGCUUCGCUAAGAACUUCCUGCCCAUCCUUUUCAAUGUGUACAGCCAGCAGCCUGCAGCUGGAGAGUCUGGAACAUACAGGAUGGCCGUGCUGGACACCAUCAAAGUCUAUUUAUCAGUCACUGACAUGAAGAUGAUCUGCACGUUCCUGCAAAAAGCCAUGGACAGACUGACCAGCCCAGAGUCCAACGAGUUCACACGGCUGUCAGUGAUGGACCUUGUGGUUGCCAUGGCUCCCUUUGUAGAUGAGUCCACAAUGACUAAGACCUUUGAGCUGAUUAGACCAUAUUUGGAGACCAAAGAGCCAGGCAUGCAGAAGAAGGCAUACCGUGUGCUGGAGGAGAUGUGUGGAGCGGACAGAGAGGAGUGCAGAUCGUUUGUCGUGUCUAAUCUGGAAACGCUCAAAGCCGUCUUGCUGGAGACGCUGAAGAACGCCUCCUCACCAGCAAAGAGGCCGAGACUGAAGUGUCUGAUCCACAUCGUGAAAAGGUUAAAUGAAGAACACAAAGACUUUAUCACCACGCUGCUGCCAGAGGUGAUUAUAUGCACCAAGGAGGUGUCAGUCGGAGCGCGAAAAAGCGCUUACAACCUGCUUGUUGAAAUAGGAAAUGCUUUUGUUCGCUUCUGUGGUAACACAAAAGAUGCCAUCGGGCAGUAUUUGGUGUUGGUGUAUGCAGGACUCUUGGGCUCUGUCACCAUGAUCACCUGCACAGUGCUGGCACUGACACGUCUAGUGUUUGAGUAUAAAGACUCCAUUGAGGUGCAAUCCAUGGAGCAGCUGCUGCACAACGUUUGUCUGCUGCUGUCGUGUCGUACCAGAGAAGUAGUCAAAGCCGCCUUAGGCUUCAUCAAGGUCAUCCUCUUCAUCAUGGACGCCAAGACGCUGGCCUCACACGCCACUGUCAUGAUGGAGGGCAUUGGAAACAUCAAGGACGACGUGAGGAGGCACUUCAGAACCAAACUGAAGAACAUCUUCACUAAAUUUAUCAGAAAGUUUGGUUUUGAGCUGGUGAAGUCCAUGCUGCCUGCAGAACACCACAAGGUGCUGGCCAACAUCCGCAAGGCCGAGGCUCGCACCAAGAGGCGGAAACAGGCCGCGGAGGAGCACGACGAGUCCGAGAGCGAAGAGGAGGCACCUAAACAGAAAAGCCAAAGCAUUGAGGACAUCCUUGCUGAGUCAGACAGCGAUUUGUCAGAGGAUGAAGGGAAGCCUCGUAACGCUCAGAAGAAAGCAGGCAAACAGCAGAAGGGACGUGCGUGGCUGAAAGAGGGAGAGGACGAUGACCCACUUAACUUCCUGGAUUCCAAAGUUUCACAGAGAGUGCUGGCCACCAACCCGGAGCUGAAGAAGAGCGCCAAGGUAGAUCACGGCUUCAAAGUGACCUCGGAUGGACGACUGAUCAUAAGAGAAGACGAGGAGGAGGAGGAUGAAGACAAAGAUGGAGGAGAGAUGAAAGAUAUCUUAGAAGAGGCUGGAGUCAAAAGUAAAAAGUCACAGAAGAGGAGGUUUAAAGACGACAAUGAUGACGAUAUGGACGUUGAACCCCAGCUGAAAUAUAAAGCUGGUGGCUCAGGCAUCCACAGACCUCUGGAAGGUCACCAAGACGCAGGAGCUGAUUACAAGUCAAAGAAAGGAAAAGGAGACGUGAAGAAGAAAGGAAAGCUCGAUCCUUACGCCUACAUCCCUCUGAAGAAGUCCCAGCUGAAUCGCAGGAAACGUGCCAAACUCCAGGGCCAGUUCAAGGGCAUGGUGAAGGGAGCCCAGAAGGGGGCGCUGUCGGGAAAGAAAAUGCAGAAGAGAAAGCGAAAAGCCUGAAAAACAGAGCUUUACAUUAUGCGGUGGACUCUAAAUGUGUGUGUGCGCGUUCAUUAACACGCUAAAAUGACAACAUACACCUCGGAUGUUUGUGUGUGUCAGUGUGUGUUUCUGAGAGACUCUACCAAGGUGAAACCAGUUUGUUUUGAAACUGUGACGCUCCCAAAAUGCUCUACUCAACAUCAGCUUUCAUGACCGUAAGUAAUAUGCUGGCCUCGCAUCAGAUCUCUCCCUUAAUAAAUAUAUUUAUGUGUGAAAUAUAUGGACAGAAAACUGAGGGGAAGAGUCAUGUGUGCCUCUUGUUGCAUCACUUGAGGGCGCUGCAGACCUGAAUUAUUAAUGGUGACUAAGCGCAGACAUAAAUGCUUUUCAGACCGGAAUACAUCAUUAAAGCUGAAAUAUAAAAA